AUGGCCGCCACGACCAAUACCAACACGUACAAGUUGAAUCACUCGAUGAUUCGGGUCAAGGAUCCCAAGGCGUCCAUAAAAUUCUACGAGUUUCUGGGCAUGUCGGUGAUAAAGAAGCUCGAGUACCCGGAAAAUAAGUUCGACCUAUAUUUCAUGGCCUACAACAGCCCGAAGGCAGUUUCUCACGGGAAUUCACAAACCAACAGAGAGGGUAUCAUCGAGCUGACGCACAACUACGGCACCGAGAACGACCCCACUUAUGUCGUCAACACGGGUAACGCAGAGCCUCACCGAGGGUUCGGUCACACGUGUAUUAGCGUGGACAACAUCCAGGCCGCUUGCCAGCGGCUUGAGGAUGCCGGAUAUAAGUUUCAGAAGAAGCUUACGGAUGGCCGCAUGAAACAUAUUGCCUUUGUCUUGGACCCUGAUGGCUACUGGGUGGAGAUUAUCGGACAAAAGCCUUUGGAAGCGACCGAGAGCGUCUUGGAAACCGAUGUUUCUACCUACCGAAUGAACCACACCAUGAUACGUGUCAAGGACGCCGAGAAGUCUCUCAAGUUUUACCAGGAAGUUUUGGGAAUGACGCUUAUAAGGACUUCCGAAAACCAGGCCGCUGGAUUUAACCUUUACUUCCUUGGCUAUCCCGGCGAGCAAGGAAUCCCAAAGGACGGCAAAACCAAUGAGCUCGAAGGCUUGCUUGAGCUCACGUGGAACUACGGCACGGAAAAGGAUGCCAGUUUCAAAUACCACAAUGGAAAUGAUGAACCCCAAGGCUUUGGGCAUAUAUGCGUGAGUGUCGAUGAUAUCGAUGCUGCAUGCCAGCGUUUCGAGGAUCUCAAGUGCAGCUGGAAGAAAAGACUGACGGAAGGACGUAUGAAGAAUAUUGCGUUCCUCCUCGAUCCGGAUGGUUACUGGAUUGAGGUCAUUCCGAAUGACAAGUAUAGUGACAAACACCCAAUCUGA